UGUCACCUCAUAGGGGAGUCGAAACGCACGUCGAGUUUCACCAGCCUCUCAUUUUGCGCCGCCGGCCCCUCGCAGCAGCGCCGCCAGUCAUGUUCGGAGAAGGCCUCAGUCGCUGUUGCCGCGGCCCCAGGCUCUGCUGACCGACCCGCUGGGCCUCCUGAAGGUGGUGUUUUCGGAUUCAACCUUGGUGGAAACGCAGGUGUCCAGACUGGCGACGUUCCCUCAGCUGGCGUACCAGGCAGCAAGAAGGCCAGAACCGAUGGAGGAGCCGAGGAUAUGUUCGUCGAUGACGACGAGGUGGCCGACCCAGAGUUGGAGCCCGUUGGCGCGCAGGUUUCCGAGGGCACGCGUGCCCCAGCAGCCGCUCCUGGAGCCCUUGAGCCAGGUGAGGCUCGUUUUUUUUUCCCCGCUCUCACUUCGGAUUUCCGCGCCGCCAUGGCCGAUUCGGUCGCUCCGCUCGAAAAGAAGGCAUAUAGCUGCGUCGUUGAGGUUGAGAAGACAGAGAAGGUAGCUGCAGACAUGCGCCAGGAGCUUGGCGAGCUCCUAGCACGAGUCGGAGUUCUUGCGCAUGGGCGCUCUGGAGGCGGCACGGGAUCCGCUACCGCUGGCCGCGCUGGAGAGGAGUCUGUUCGCAGCGGGGGAGACAGCGCCGAUGGCUCGUCCAUCGGCCCACUCGUUUUCCGCACCCCCGGAACAAGAGGCAAACUUUAUGUGUUGGUGGUUUCGAGUACACGGAAGGUGUGGAGCUCUCUAACGACUUGCAGAACGCGUUGCAGGGAUGCAAUUUGCGCGUCCGACCCCGACCGCCAUGCCGAUCGCUGCCAGGACUUCGAAGAUUGCGAGACAUUGCUGAGAUCACGCCCUCCGAGUUUCACUCCGGCGUCAUGUGUGGAUGUGAGCGCUUCUUCUGAUGUGGACCGACCUCCGACGACGGCGGCGGCGCCUUUCGCAGCCGGCGCGGUCUCCUGGAAGUCCGACGCCUUCAGGGAGAUGAUUGUCUGCAAUGACCUCUUCUCGAGCAGCGCGUGGAGCGAACCGCUGGCGGGCAGAUGCGCGCUUCCACGACGGCGAGCACGAGGCCCGACGCGUCGAUUUCAUUGGCAUCGGCGAGGACUUGCCUCGCCGAUCCUGCGACUGCCAGCCCCGUCAUUGCUCGAUAUGGACGAGCGACCACUGUCCAUUCGUCCUUCGCUUUUUCGCCAGUCGGCGACCGCGCCCUGUCUUUGCGCCGAAUGUCGCCUGUUCUUUUAA